CUAGCCAACUAGCCGAAAAGGCUAGUUUUUUUCUCACAAUAAUUGCUCGAUAAUAUGGUGUCUCUCAGGCUGUGAGUACUAACGAACCGCACUUGUUUUCAAUAUGCCUUUCGGAAUAAGUGACUGCCUUUCGAACCCCGUGUUUUGAAGAAACAGGACCGAUACAGGCAGCAAAUUACACCGGCUGUGUUAGCAAACUGUGGCAGGCUAAGGGUAGCUGCUAGCUUCGGAAGUGCAGCGAGCGAAGCGUCUGGCUGGGGAACCAAAGCUGCUUCAGACCGCCGGCUGGGAAGCUACCCUGGUCAAGGCAGUUGUCAUAAUAGGAGUGAAAGUGUUACCAGUGGCCUAUGAGGAAGCCACGCCGAAAGGUCCCGGUGGCUGGAGGAGGUGGCGUCAAUGUCAAAAAGUCCAGUGGGACAGCUGGCCGGUGUGGGGGUGCCCGCCAGCGAUCUCCAUCCCCUUACAGCCUCAAAGCGUCUCCAAACAGAGAAACCCUCAGCUAUGCUCAGGCUCAGAAGGUGGUGGAGGUGGAGCUGGAGGGCAGGCUUCACCGCAUUUCCGUCCUGGAGCCUCUGGAAGUCGUCACAGACGACGAGAUGAUGGCUCAGGAUAUCAGCGAGUGUAACAGCAACAAAGAGAACAGUGAGCAGUCGUCGUCUCCCUCCAGCACUACGCAACCAACCAGUAAACCUGUCACACCCAGAGGUCGCAGAAAAGACUCCAAAUUUACCUCGGUCAGGUCGCCAAAAACUUCCAAAAACCACUGUCCAGAUCCCCAUCCCCAAACGCCUGAAAUAUCAAACUCUCACGACACCACGACCCUUCCAGAACCUAAGUUUCAGGUUCUGGAAACCUUCACGCCAGGCAGGGCAGCUCCCCUGCCUGCAGCGUAUUAUCGUUACAUGGAAUGCUCGCCCGGCGAGCAGGAAGUAAAGGCAGAAUAUGACAUGGACGAAGAAGACACGGCCUGGCUGGAAAUGAUAAACACCGGCCGGACAUCAGAAGGUUUCUCCGUCAUUUCACCGGACAUUUUUGAGCUACUGGUGGACCGUUUGGAGGAGGAGGCGUAUCGAGAAGCUCGAAGCCGGGCGCCCCCUCAGAGCGCGAUCGACGACGAUGCCUUCUGCUGUGUGUGCCUGGACGAUGAAUGUCUCAACAGCAACGUCAUCCUGUUCUGCGAUGCGUGCAACCUGGCUGUGCACCAGGAGUGUUACGGGGUGCCCUACGUCCCUGAGGGCCAGUGGCUGUGCCGCUGUUGCCUCCAGUCCCCUCAAAAACCCGUCGACUGUGUUUUAUGCCCAAAUCGGGGAGGUGCUUUCAAACAAACAAGUGAUGCCCGAUGGGCACAUGUGGUCUGUGCGAUAUGGAUCCCUGAAGUUUGUUUUGCCAACACGGUGUUUCUGGAACCAGUGGAAGGGGUUGCUAACAUCCCCCCAGCGCGCUGGAAACUUACCUGCUGCUUGUGCAAGCAGAAGGGUCGAGGYGCGUGCAUUCAGUGCCACAAGGCCAACUGUUACACCGCGUUYCACGUCACGUGUGCUCAACGCGCUGGCCUGUUCAUGAAGAUUGAACCCGUGAGGGAAACGAACAUCAACGGUACAACAUUUUCAGUGAAGAAGACAGCGUUUUGUGAGACCCACUCUCCCCCAGGCCAAGAGACCGGGUCAGACGAGGAGAAUGAAGGUCGAGUCGUGGGCAGCAGGGGGAGGGCGAGUAGAGGUCGGAGCGCCUACACGGAAGGUCCGACCACACCGAAAAAAGGCCGAAAGACUGAAGAGGACGCCUCGACGGAUAAAAAGAAAGGGAAAAAGAAGGCGGAGGCGAAAGAGCAGCACACUGGUUCACCACAGACGAUUGUGCCUCAGAUACCCACAAGCAGGCUUAACAUUAUCAGCAAAGGAGUCCUUCUCCAAAGGAAAAACCAGUUCAUGCAGAGACUGCACAACUAUUGGUUACUGAAGCGUCAGUCAAGAAACGGCGUGCCACUGGUCCGACAAAUGCACGCCAGCGUCCAAUCCCAAAGGACCAUAGAACAGCCUGAAGUGGACGAGAAGAUUUCUGCAGCUAGAGAAGCGCUGAGAUAUUGGCAGAAGCUGCGACAUGAUCUUGAAAAAGCCAGACUGCUCGUGGAGCUCAUACGCAAGAGAGAGAAGCUCAAACGAGAGCAGGUCAAAGUUCACCAGGCAGCUUUAGAGAUGCAGUUGACCCCGAUGUCGGUGCUUCUUCGCGCCACGCUGGAUCAGCUACAGGAGAAGGACACGACACAGAUUUUUGCAAAGCCUGUUGACAUAAAGGAGGUACCAGAUUACCUGGAGUUUGUUAGCCAGCCGAUGGACUUCUCCAUUAUGUGCUCCAAGCUGGAAAGUCACACUUAUCGCUCCGUGGCUGACAUGGAGGCCGACUUCAACCUGAUGGUGUCAAACUGCCUCCUUUACAAUUCCAAAGACACGGUGUUCCACAGGGCGGCACUUCGCCUUCGUGACUUAGGGGGCGCCAUAUUGCGCCACGCCCAACGGCAGGCCACAAACGCCGGCCUAGACUUGGACACGGGCAUGCACCUCCCCGAGUCCCCCCAAAAAAGAGACUUUUACAACUGCACCUGGGAGGAUGUUGACAGUGUUCUGGACCCAGAGAACAGACUCCACAUGACGGUAGAAGAACAACUGAAGGAGCUGUUGGAGAAGCUGGACUUCGUCACGUCCAUGMGGUGCAGCGGCGCCCGAACUCGGCGCAUACGCCUGCUCCGCCGGGAGAUCAAUAAGAUCCGCUACAGGCAGGGUCAAACCCCAAGCCACAGCAGCCACAACGGGUACCUUAAAGAAGAGGACGAGGACGAGGAGGACGAGGAAGACAACGACGCCAAGGCAGAUAAUACCCUUUCGUCUUCAGAUAAAGAGGACCUCAAAUCUGCUUCUCCCCCGAAACUGGAACCUACGGCCCCUUCUCCUCCUCCUCGACAAGGAGAACCACCUCUGGAGCCUCCUACUCUGCGGCCAGUCACGAGGGACCUCCGUUCCCCCACCUGGCCCAGCAAGCGCCUUAAGAUGGAGCGUGAGCUCUCCGUCUGUAACGUAGAGAACAAGAAUUGCACUAAAGCACAAGAGCGGUCGGCGACGCCGCCCCCCAGUUUGCACAGUGAAGCUCCGGCGGUGGCCAACGGCCUGCCAGCGCUCGGCGUCCCCUCGAGGCCCACCACCGGCGGAGUCGGGCGACGAACCUCCGUACUGUUUAGGAAAGCAAAGAAUGGAGCCAAGCUUUUCAAAGAGAGAGACAACCCCGUGUUGAACGGAAAGGGGCCGCAGGACGAGAAGACGAGUAACAAGCCUACGGCACCCAGCUCCUCCACCAGCCCCCCMACUUUAUCCAAGACCCCCCAGAAAAGCCCAGAGCCCCCCACACUUACUGAGCUAUGGAGCCCUGGUCAAGACUCCAGUUCAGACACUGAACUGGAGAGGAGACUGGAAAGUGGACUGACCAACGGCUUCGACAGACACAAAGACAGCAGGUCUGACUCUGAGUCGAGCUCGUGUCCAGUGCUGCACAAAGAAAUCAACUCACCACCCAAACGAAGCCUCGGGAAACCAUCUCUUUCCAAAGUUCCUCUUCUUGAGAUCGUCAAUGGAGAUUUAGAUUACACUGGCAACAGUAGUCAGAUGUCAGAAGACGAGAUGGAGCUGGAGCCUUUGGACCUGGUGUGGGCGAAAUGUAGAGGGUAUCCCUCCUACCCCGCUCUGGUAAUCGACCCAGARAUGCCCGAAGAGGGUCUGCUGCUUAACGGGGUCCCCAUUCCUGUCCCACCMAAAGAUGUCCUCCGUCUGGGCGAGCAGAGACAAGAAGAGACUAACGAGAGACUCUACCUGGUUCUUUUCUUUGACAACAAGCGGACAUGGCAGUGGCUUCCACGAGAUAAAGUCACUCCUUUGGGCGUCGACGACACGGCCGACAAGUUACGCAUAAUGGAGGGCCGCAAGUCCAGCAUCCGCAAGUCUGUCCAGGUGGCGUACGACCGAGCCAUGAUCCACCAGAGCCGAGUGAGCCACAACCACGGCUUUGUGACCUCCAACUACCUGUAGAGGGCGACCGUCAGCGCCCACGGACCGUCUCUAUCCGUCGUUUUUCACGUGAAGCAACAGGUCGGUCGAUUCCCACCACCGUGGUCUGAAGAGGGUCGCCCCCCAGCACUAAAGUCUCAGACUGUAUUUAAUCAGUGAACCACUAGUAUUUGACACAGCAGUGAUGCUGAUGUGUUGUUGUUUAAUGGACGGGUGAAUGAAGUCGCUUUAGGCCCCGUGUUGCUGCAUCAGUUGGCGUUAAUUUCCCGUUCAGGGACGAAUCAGGUUGUCAGAUUACUCCACCUGGAUGUCAUUAAUCUGCGUGUCUGCAUGAAACGUCGAAGAAUUCCAGCUGUUUUGUACAAUUCUUCUGCCGAGGGAGCAAACCGUCAGAAAAGAUUUAAUGAUACAAACUGCAGGAGUCUGAUGAACAGAUCACUGCCUUCUUUUAUACAAUAGCUUUUUUUUUUUUACAUUUUAUUCUUCUACAAAAGAUUCUUGUAUAUUUUAAUGCCAUACUUAUGUACAUAGGUAAAUGUAAUAUCAAAGUUAUUUUAAUUUAACGUUGCGGUUUUUAAAUGCGUAAUUCAAUCAGCUCUUAUUGGGCAAAGUGAGGCUAUGUGUACUUACUGCAGUGUUCUGAGCUUGUUUUUAAUAUAAAAUCUUUGUGUGCGUUUUAUUGUGUAUUUUAGGCUUACGACAAAAUAAGACGAGGUUUUUUAUAUUUGAAAUCUCUUUUUGAUACAGAGAAGAAUAAUUUAUUUAUAGAAACAGAACUAUAAAAAUAAAGUUUUAUUGAUUAAAUUGAGACUUAUUUAAAACAAAAGGAGUUUUAAUAAGCAUUUAAGAUUUUCAUGUUUUUGUUUAAGACCAAGUUCUGUCUGUCACCAUUGUCCUGUUUGAUGAAUUUAUUUAUUUUCCUUAGCCCCAAUUAAUAAGCUUGUACUACUGUCAUAUUUUAUCUGCUCCCCCAAUUUUGUCUCUUAACACUUUACUUUCUCAUUCUGGGAAAUAAAUAUUCCAUUAAAA